UAUAUGCAAUGCAUUGCUAGCUAUCAUGCAGAGAUAGAGAGAUAGAGAGAGAGAGAGAGAGAGCAGAGCAGAAACGGAGCGCAGCCGGUUGCGUCAUGAUCGAUGCAUUCCUCCACGAAAAUAGGAAUCCAAGCAUAUGCAUCGGAGAAGAUCUUUCCUGCUUACUCUCUCUCUCGUAGCUAAUUUCCUCGAUUGCUCGCACGUAUGCCAUAAACCCUUUAUACACAAACCCUCUGUUUUGAGUUGCAUUUCUAUAAAAUCUGGAGGUCAUUUGGUGAUUCAUUGAUUACUCAACUCACAAGAAGUUUGAAAGGCGUCUCCUUUACUACCUACCGUGCUGUUUUUACAUGGCAUCUCCUCAAAGAUCUUCAAAGACAUCUGAACCAAGGGCUCCAAAUCCAAAUGAUCCAAAAAUUUCUAAGGCCUUUAGUGCCAUGGAGUGCUUAGGCAUUUCCCGUGAAGUUGUCAAACCAGUCCUCAAGAAUCUUCUUAAAUUGUAUGGCGGAAGCUGGGAGCUAAUAGAAGAAGAUAACUAUCGAACCCUUGCAGAUGCCAUAUUUGAAUCCUUUGAUGACAAGAAGAAGAGUAAGGCUGUAAUGGUGGUGGAAUCUGAAGACCAGGCUUCAUCUGCAAGGGAGAAUGGAAACAAGGUAAAGGAAUCCAAUUCCGAUUCCAAUCGAAAAGCACAUAAUUCCAAUGUGGAAGGCUCCUCUGUUGAUACAAGAUUAGGUGCUCAAAGAGUAUCAUCUUCAUCAGGAAUACAAAGAAAGAGACAUCAAAACAACGAGUCAGGUGAUCAUAGUGCUACUGAUAAAAGGUUAAUCCACAAGAUCAACGACAUAACAAGAGGCACAGAGAGAUUGAAAAUAUCAUUGAUAGAUGAAAUUGGUAUAGACCUUCCAAAAUUUGGGUACAUACCAGAAAAUACUUCUUAUCAAGAUGCAUAUGUGCCUUUCACAUUAGCUCGAAUUGCAGAUGAAAACUGCUGUUUGAAAUGUAAUGGUGAUUGUCUUUCUUCACGGGUCCCAUGUGCUUGUUCUCGUGAAACAGGGGGAGAGUUUGCCUAUACUUCACAAGGUUUGUUAAAAGAUGAGUUUUUAGGGGCUUGCAUUUCCAUGUAUCGUGAACCACUUAAUCAUCAUCAUUUUUAUUGCCAAGAUUGCCCCUUGGAGAGGGCCAAGAAUGUGCAAAAUCCUGAACCUUGUAAGGGUCACCUAGUGAGGAAGUUUAUAAAAGAAUGUUGGAGAAAAUGUGGUUGCAGUAUGGAAUGUGGAAACCGUGUUGUCCAAAGAGGUAUUACUUGCAAGUUGCAGGUGUUUGCAAUGGAGGAUAAAGGAUGGGGUCUUCGCACACUUGAAAACUUGCCAAAAGGUUCAUUUGUAUGUGAAUAUGUUGGAGAAAUAUUAACGAAUAUGGAGUUAUAUGAACGAAACAAGAAAACUAGGAUUAAUGAGAGGCAUACAUAUCCAGUAUCCCUUGAUUCAGAUUGGGGUUCUGAACAAAUACUAAAGGAUGAAGAAGCUCUCUGUUUGGAUGCAACCAAUUAUGGAAAUGUUGCAAGGUUUAUUAAUCACAGAUGCUUUGAUUCAAAUCUGAUCGAGAUCCCUGUUGAAGUGGAAACACCUGAUCAUCACUACUAUCAUAUUGCUUUUUUCACUAAAAGAAAUGUUAAUGCAUAUGAAGAGCUGACAUGGGAUUAUCAGAUUGACUUUGAGGAUGAUGGACAUCCAAUAAAGGCAUUUAAAUGUCAGUGUGGCAGCUCAUACUGCCGUGAUGUGAGAAGAGAAGCAGUAGGGACCAAAGUGAAAGAGUUGGGGGUAAAGAGGCGUAAAUCUGGCACUAGCAGAGUGAAUUAACUCUAACAAUGGUGGGAUUUGAGCUUUGUUGUUGCUGUCUGGCAUAUCAUCGAUACAGGAGUUUGGCAGCAGUUAUAAUUGUUAGUCGGUUGCAUAUAUUUUUUGACAUUGCUCAAUCGACUUUUGGUAAAAUGAUGUUUCAAUUGUUUUUUUGAGUAUUGUCCUUUUUUUUCUCCUUAAUUUUUAUGCAACGAUGGUGAUAUAGUAUUGGGGUUCAGACAUGGUGAAGCUGUUAUUGCCAGGGAUGGACGUGUCAAAAGAUUAAUAUUUGAAGUUAGGAUCUUUGGAUUAUCUUAAAGAAGACUUCAUAAUUUGCUUAAAUGAUACAAGCUGCCAACAUGUUUGAUGUUU